AUGGUUAACAUUCCAUCGAAUUGGAGUAGUUUUGCAUUGCAAAUUAUGAAGGAAAAAGAACGAUUUACUAUCGAUUGCGGGAAAAUGUAUUCAAAUGGUUCACUUGAUGCCACGUCAUUCGGUCGAUGUUGUUUACAAAAACCCAGUAAUGUUUAUAAUUCUGCACAAGAUGAACAAUGGCUUUAUCUAAGCGGGACAGGUGAUUUGUAUUUAAAGGAAUCGAAUAAAGAGAAUCUGACUGAACGGCCAACUUCGAGGAACUAA